AUGGAGAAGCGAGGCCGGGGCGGGAGGGUGACCCCGAGCCAAACCCCUCAGCAGAUGCCGGCGACGCCCCGGAGAGACAGGAGGGCUAGCAUGUUCGAGAAAGAGGCAUUUGCCCAGAUCUUAAGAGAAAGACUGAGAGAAUCAUUUCAUGAUGUUCAGUAUGUGGAGCCUCCAUUUGAUGACUCAAUCGCUGAUAUAGGUAAAGAAUGGAAGAGUGCCCUGGCAAAAUUAAAGUUUGCUAAUUCAUAUAGAAUGCAGCCAUUGAGGAAAUUUCAAGCCAAUUCAGUAGAAUCUAAAGUCCAGCAGAUACUGAAGGAAAGUCUUAAAGAUGUCAAGUAUGAUGACAAAGUCUUCUCUCAUUUGUCGCUUGAAUUGGCAGACCGCAUACUGUUAGUGGUCAAAGAAUUUGGGUUCCACCGUUACAAGUUCAUUAUAAAAGUAUUAUUUAUUCAAAAGACUGGCCAAGCAAUAAAUGUUGCCAGCAGAUGGAUCUGGGACGUUGCAUGGGACAGCUGGGUUGCAGUGAAGCAUGAAACCGAAUCUUUCGUGGCUCUGGCCUUGGUGUUUGCUUUGUACUGUGAAUAG